AUUUACAAUUGUGGCUGCUUUGCCAACAAUGCAAUUAUCAAAGUUAAACAAUUUAAGCUUAACAAUUUGAUAGUAUUUACAUUAUUUACACAAUAUCAAUUCUGUUGUAUUGGUCCAGAUGCUAUUCCGAAUGUCUGCCAGUCUCUUCUUGAGAUGUCAGUGUCAGUCCAUUGUUCAUUGGGUUACCAUCUUGUUGGUUUUUGUUCCUUCUUUCCUUUGUUCACAAUAGCUUUCUGGUUGCUAUAAUGAAGUUGCAAAGAUGUCCAUAUAGGGUUCUGUUUUGAAUCAUUUCACUCUUUUAGUGGCCAGUUAGAUCCAGCCAUAACACACUUGGAAUUUCUCUCGUUGGUGUUCAUACUUGCUACAUUCGUAGAGACAGUUAGAGACAUCAUCUGUUUUGUUGGUAUCAGUAUCACACUUAUCGCUGUUUCUUCUGCCAAAGCAGAAAAGAUAUAUGUUGAAAUUUCCAUGUCCUAGCAGACACUGUAUGACCUCAUAGUUGGAUCUAAGAUGUCUGUCUGUCUCUUGUUGGUUGUUGCUAUGAAUCUCUAUAGAAAUCUCCCAGUUGUGGAGUGUUCCCACUCCUCCUGCCAUUGUUGUUCGACUAUCUCUUUGAUCUUAUUCUUGACAAUAGUAAACGUUAUUUUUUUUAUAUGUUGUUGAAAGAUUUUCUAUUGUGGCCCUCUUUGCCAACUUAUCCACCAGCUCAUUCCUGUCAUUUCCCUUGUGUCCGGGGAAACGACAGGAAUCAGCUGGCGUGUGGAACGUUGUGGAAUUUUAUUAUUUUAUUUUUGCUUAAUUUCUGGGCCAAUUUAAUAAGUUCGUUGGCCAGUUGUGUCCUUCUGUUUUGAUUCCUAGGUGUGUGGAUUAUGACUCUGAUAUCUGUGUAUCUUUAUUGGUCCCUUAAAACUCUGGUGUUUAUUGUCUAUGUCUUGCAAAGCCUUGAAGACUGCCCAGAGCUCUGCUUGGUAAUCAUGCAAUAUUUAACCAUUUUUAAACUUGCCUGAUAUGUUUUAAAAUUUUUUGGGUUGUAUAUGACUAUUCCAGCUCCAGAGCCUUCUGUGUUCUUUGAUCCAUCUGUAAAAAUUUUCCAUUGUUCUCUCUGGUUAUGUGCUUGAUCUAUGUCUGCUUUAUAACUGUUCUCUUCCACUGGUUGUCUAAUUGUGUCCAUGUUUUUCGUUGCUUUUUCCAGUUGGUUUACCUUUAUUUCUUGAAUGAGUUCACCAAUAUCUGAUGGUAAUUUUUCCUUCUUGAUUUUGUCUUCUAUUUCUUUAUUGUUUAAGCUAUUAACAUCUUCCUUUAUUAGGGACCAUUCCCAUACAAGUUGUUUGGCCCUGAGGUCUAUUGGUAAGAUACUUGCUAGAACCGACAGUGCAUCAGUCGGGACCAUUCUGUAAGCCUUGCAAAUGUUAUUUUUAAUUAAUUUCCUUUGUAUUUAUCAUUGUUUUCUUUUUGUUUCAACUUCGUUUGCCAAUUCGCCUCACAUCUGUACACCGUAUAGGAUCGUAGGAUCGUAGGCUCAAUUGCCGCACUAUAUAUUAAUCUUGCUGAUUGGUGGUUCAAGCCCCAGACAUUUCUAGAAAUUUGCACGAGUGUGUUGCUUUUCUCAAGCAUUCUUUGGUGGAUUUUAUUUGUGUGUCCUUUCCAGCUGAGUGCCCUGUAAAAAAAGAUGCCAGGUAUCUCAACUCGUUUUUGAUUUUCUUUCCAUGCCAAUUUGUUUUUUAAGUUGUCCUCUUCCUAAUUUUUUUGAAUACACCAGGAUCUCACAUAUUUUAUAAUUUAUUUCCAGUUUAUGUGUUUGACUCCACUUGUUUAUUUUCUCCAGGGCUGUGUUUCCUUCCUCUGUUAGCCUGUUGCAAUUCUUGUUUGCUAUCAUUAGAACGACAUCAUUUGCAAAUGCCUGUAUCUAUGCUCACAGUUUGGCUGUACACUUCUAACAGGCUGUCGAAUGCCAGGUUCCAGAGGCCCAGUCCACUUCUCGAGCCCUGCAGGCAUCCUCUGGUAACCUGCAAAUAUAAGCAAUUGAAAAAUGCCAAAAUCACCUUCUUUUAUCCUGGCAGUGCAGAAACUCUUAGAGAAAAAAUUAAUGGAUCUAGAAAGCUCAAAUUUUAAACUUAAGCCUUUCUUGUUAUAGAAAUUCCAUAAACAUGACGACGAAACGUCAGAUAGACCAAGAUCCCGACUAUGAGAGUAUUCCUGCUGAACUUCAGCAGAAGAGAUUGCGUCUCAUUGAACAAGAUGCUCGUGAAUUUACGAUAAAGAAAAUAGAGAAAAUAAUCCGAAUGCAGUUUAAUAAAGAAAUAAAGAUGAAAGAAGCUGAACUACAGUUAAUUGACGAGAAACUUCAUGAAGCAAGAAUAAUUUUAGAUCGUUUAAGGGCAUGUAUAGUGAUGAAGUACUAUUCUUCAAAUGGUGAACAGGUUGUUCAGAGUAGUCCAUCUGUACAUCCCACGGUGAAGAAAUGUCUCGGAAAAUCUCCAAAAUUCCAUCCACAAGAAAAGACUGUUAAUAAUUAUUCUCCAAAUUCGAAGAUUUCUUUGAGUGAUCUCGAUUCCACUGCCAUUUCUCAGUCUGUAGAUACGCACAAUAUUAAAGAAAACGACAUAAACCACGGAGUGAGACUCAAAAGGAAGUUAUCCAUUAUUGUCGGCAAUGUAUCAAAAUACAUACCGGCGGACAGUCGCGACGAGAAUGAUCAAGCGACCCACAAAUGGAUGGUUUACGUUCGUGGAAGCAAAGAUAAUCCUCACAUAGAGAAUGUAAUUAAAAAAGUCCAGUUUUUUCUUCAUCCCAGUUACAGACCAAAUGAUUUAGUGGAAGUUUGUGAUCCACCAUUUCAUCUCACCAGAAGAGGUUGGGGAGAGUUUCCCAUUCGUGUCCAGUUGCAUUUUCAUAAUCAGUCCAAUAAGCCGGUCGACAUCAUUCAUAAUCUCAAGCUUGAUAAAACGUAUACCGGAUUACAGACCCUAGGGGCAGAAACAGCAGUUGAUCUGUGGUUGUUCAGAAAAGAAGCCAAACGAAAAAUGAGUGGCAUAAACUGUAGGAGGAGUUCUUCCGUGUCGGAAGGUACUCCAGAGAAAAAUACAGGAACGGUAAAUUGUGACAUAGUUAAAAACGAAGAACCUCCUCAUAAUAAUCUUAAAGCAUCUUGUGUAGAUACUCAUAAACCUUUGGUUGAAACUAAUGGGAUUCUUUCGGAUGUAUCCAAAGCGCAACAGCAAGAGAACAAUUGCUCUUAUCCAAAAUCUACUGUAGAUACGGCGUCGAAUCAGAAGAACUCUAAGUUACCGAUAGAAGACGUUAAAAAGACUAAAUCGGUUCUACUCAUAAUUCCGCCGACGAUUAACAAAACAAUAAUCUCUCAAGAACCUUUACAACAGCCUCCUCAACUGCAGAAUUAUUUAUCAAAACAGUUGCAAGAAUCGUCUCCUAAGAAAAUCAUUCCAGUGCCUUUAAAUUCUAAUUUUCCUAAAACUUCCAUUGAACCCACCAGCGUUUCUCAGGUGACGAGCGUGGCAUUAAAUAAUAAAAAUAAUUUAUCUCAAAAGACUGCAGGAAAUCUGACGUCCACGACAGAUCUCAAUCUGAAUGCUUCGCUGAACGGGCUGACGACGUUUGUUAAGUGCAUGGACAACCAGGGCAGGAUACUUCUUGUACCUCAGAGUUCGGUGGUGAAAUUACCCAAUUCGCUAAAGACCAAAACAGGUGUCGGAGAAUCUCUGGUUCAACCGAACCAACUGCAAGCCGAUCAGCAGAACUCAAACUCUAAGUGUAUUUCGCCAAAAUCUCAGAAGAAUGUGUCAUCGUACAUGGUCAAAGUUCUGCCGAAUCACACCGGUAGUAUGAACCAGGUAAUUCUCAUUCCAGCCAAUCAGACUAGUAUAGACAGUGAUUACCUGUUAAAAAAGAGUCCUUCGACGAGUAUACAUGCUGUUAAUAUCUCUAACUUGUCUCCGAACAAAGCAGCAGAGAAGACAAUCUCGCUCGAUUCUUCCUCGGUCAGUAAAAAUAACACCAAAAUACCCAAAAGAGAUGACAGUUUAGUUCUGAAGAAAGCGCUACUUUCCAUCAGGUUAGAAUAUUAUGAAACAAUGUUUGAAUUGAUUAAUAAAGUGGUGAAGCUGUUUCCUCUUAUCAAUAAAGAUAUAGUGUCCUUGAAAGGACACAGAUACAUACCGGCGGACAGUCGCGACGAGAAUGAUCAAGCGACCCACAAAUGGAUGGUUUACGUUCGUGGAAGCAAAGAUAAUCCUCACAUAGAGAAUGUAAUUAAAAAAGUCCAGUUUUUUCUUCAUCCCAGUUACAGACCAAAUGAUUUAGUGGAAGUUUGGAAGUAUUUUGCUUAUCUUUUGAAGUGGAUUAUACAUUUGACUAUUACAGGUGUAGCAGUUGAUCUGUGGUUGUUCAGAAAAGAAGCCAAACGAAAAAUGAGUGGCAUAAACUGUAGGAGGAGUUCUUCCGUGUCGGAAGGUACUCCAGAGAAAAAUACAGGAACGGUAAAUUGUGACAUAGUUAAAAACGAAGAACCUCCUCAUAAUAAUCUUAAAGCAUCUUGUGUAGAUACUCAUAAACCUUUGGUUGAAACUAAUGGGAUUCUUUCGGAUGUAUCCAAAGCGCAACAGCAAGAGAACAAUUGCUCUUAUCCAAAAUCUACUGUAGAUACGGCGUCGAAUCAGAAGAACUCUAAGUUACCGAUAGAAGACGUUAAAAAGACUAAAUCGGUUCUACUCAUAAUUCCGCCGACGAUUAACAAAACAAUAAUCUCUCAAGAACCUUUACAACAGCCUCCUCAACUGCAGAAUUAUUUAUCAAAACAGUUGCAAGAAUCGUCUCCUAAGAAAAUCAUUCCAGUGCCUUUAAAUUCUAAUUUUCCUAAAACUUCCAUUGAACCCACCAGCGUUUCUCAGGUGACGAGCGUGGCAUUAAAUAAUAAAAAUAAUUUAUCUCAAAAGACUGCAGGAAAUCUGACGUCCACGACAGAUCUCAAUCUGAAUGCUUCGCUGAACGGGCUGACGACGUUUGUUAAGUGCAUGGACAACCAGGGCAGGAUACUUCUUGUACCUCAGAGUUCGGUGGUGAAAUUACCCAAUUCGCUAAAGACCAAAACAGGUGUCGGAGAAUCUCUGGUUCAACCGAACCAACUGCAAGCCGAUCAGCAGAACUCAAACUCUAAGUGUAUUUCGCCAAAAUCUCAGAAGAAUGUGUCAUCGUACAUGGUCAAAGUUCUGCCGAAUCACACCGGUAGUAUGAACCAGGUAAUUCUCAUUCCAGCCAAUCAGACUAGUAUAGACAGUGAUUACCUGUUAAAAAAGAGUCCUUCGACGAGUAUACAUGCUGUUAAUAUCUCUAACUUGUCUCCGAACAAAGCAGCAGAGAAGACAAUCUCGCUCGAUUCUUCCUCGGUCAGUAAAAAUAACACCAAAAUACCCAAAAGAGAUGACAGUUUAGUUCUGAAGAAAGCGCUACUUUCCAUCAGGUUAGAAUAUUAUGAAACAAUGUUUGAAUUGAUUAAUAAAGUGGUGAAGCUGUUUCCUCUUAUCAAUAAAGAUAUAGAUCGUUCAUGCCAUCCUUACUGUGCACCUUCCAUUGAAGUAUUCUAUUCCUGGAACGUUGGGAAGCAACGCGCUGCCGAGUGGCAUCGUGCAAAAGCAGUUCGUCAAGCAAUUUCGCAAUUGCUAAAUCAAAAAUCCUCCAGUUUUAUGUCAAAGGACGUCUGGUCAACAAAGGAAAUUUUGGUGUGGUGUUAUAGGAAUGGCUACACCCCAAAAAGGCAAAAUGAAUCUAUUCCCAACCCUCAACAUCAUUUUGGAGUGUUAAGUGAAGUUUCUACGGUUACGGAAUCCAGCAAAUUGUUAGAGAUGCUUGAGAAGGAGAAGACCGUGCCCGAAAUGGUUCUUUUUGAAGAAGAAAUAGACAUUCUGAAUACUGAUAAUGAUCAUUCUUGCAUCACCAGUAAAAAUCUCAACAAAGAAAACAUUGUCCUUGACAGAUUCUCUUACAAUCAGUCACUACUAUCCAUUCCCGAUUCGUCGGCAUGCGUCGAAUUUGUCAGAGAAGCGGCAUCAAAAAUUGGUCUGAAGUUUCAACCUUGCGAGCUAGCUCCUUCAAUAAUGGGUCACGUCAUUGAAGAAAUGAUAUUGGCAUCUUGCAAAGAAUUUAUCUCGGACAUUUUAAGAGUAGCCCUGAGCGAAAGCUUCAAUAAAAUUGGGAAGAAAUUAUAUCCCGACACGAUUAGAAUAGAAGAUAUAUUUUCGGCCAUACAGAAGCUUCCAUUAUGUGAUAUAUUUACAAAUAAAUAUUUAGGAGUGUCUCCGAAUGACCAACAGUCAGAAAACAAAUGAUCACUCGUUUCCCUCUAUUAAAUUUUUCCCCCUCGUUAUUAAUUUAAAUGUAAAUAUUGUGCUGGUUCUUUUGCCAGAACAGAAAUUAUAUCUUGUGUGCAUAUCAGUGUUCGAUCCAUUGUUUUGUACAUAUUUAUGUGAAUGUAUAUAGUUUUUUUUCUAUGUUCGCAAAUGCUCCGUGCGUCGGCCAUCUCUCUAUAUCCAAAGAUUUACAGUGUCCGCUGUAUUUUACAAAUUUUUUGUAUUAUAUUUUGACGGUAUGAGAUGUAAAUGUAAAAUUCUUUUUCUACCAAGAAGAAAAGUUCUCUCUGUAGUCACUAGAAAGAUAUUUGUUAUGAAGUGUGAUGUAUGUCUCAUAAUUUUUAUAUUUUAAAAUUAUAUAUUUACUAUC